GUUGACCGGCUUGUAAUUAAUAACGUGAAUGCCGGAAUCGCUCAAUACUGACAGCGCGUUACUAGAUGCGUUUGUUGCUGUGGAAGAUCUGAUUGCAGAUCUUUGAAGCUCAGGUGAAAUUGUAGGACGCUAUGGAGGGGAGUACGGAGGUAAAAGAGCAGGAGCCAGAGAAAGGGGGCGUGAAAACAGUGCAAGAGAUUCAGCAGUGUUCUGAAAAUGAUGAGCUCAAGUUUGGCUUGUUGAUAGGAUUGAUCAAAGUGGACCAGGUGUCCAGCAAGGAUGUGUUGGACACCGUCCUUUACCUGCUUGUUGGAGCAGACUUUGACAUUGAGACCAAUUUCAUCAUCAAGGAUAGUCAAAACAUUCUUCACAUGCUAAAACUGCUUGAAAACAGUCCUCCUAAACUUCAGGCCCAGAUAUGGAGUGUGUUCACAGCCAUGCUGAAGAAGAGUCAAAGGAACCUGCAGGCCUGUGCGGAGGUGGGACUUGUGGCCCAUGUGCUCAAUAUACUCGAGGCAUCGGAUGAUCUAGUCGCAGACCUGUUGAUCGACUUACUGAGUGUACUGGCCAGUUACAGUAUCACAGUGAAGGAGCUGAAGACACUGGUCAGCUGUCUGAAAGCCAAGGGAGGCAUGUGGCCUCGCCAUUCUGUGAAGCUGUUGUCAGUCCUUCGCCACAUGCCCCAGCGCCAUGGUCCCGAUGAGUUCUUCAGCUUUCCGGGGAAACAAGGCUCAGCGAUUGCCUUGCCUCCAAUCAAAACAUGGCCGUAUCAAAAUGGAUGGACAUUCUCUUGCUGGUUACGUCUGGACCCAGUUACAGGUGUAAACAUUGAGAGAGAGAAACCAUUCCUGUACAGUUUCCGAACAAGUAAAGGAAUUGGCUACUCGGCCCACUUCUUGGGGAAUUCCCUUGUCAUCACCUCCAUGAAGGUUAAGGGUAAAGGAUUCCAGCACUGUGUUAAAUAUGACUUCAAACCCAGAAAGUGGUAUUUGCUGACCAUUGUACAUGUGUAUAAUCGCUGGAGUAGAUCAGAACUACGAUGUUAUGUGGAUGGCCAGAUUGUCUCUCAAACAGACAUGUCCUGGCUGGUCAGUGCUAGUGAGCCAUACGACAAGUGUUUCAUUGGCUCAGGUACAGAGGCUGAUGAAGACUGUAUGUUCUGUGGUCAGAUGUCCACUAUCUACCUAUUCAGCGAGGCCUUGUCUGCUGCCCAGGUGGCUGCAAUCUACACCCUAGGACCAGGCUACAAGAACCAGUUCCGGUUUCACAAUGAGAGCUUGACCCAUAUCGGAGACGGCCACAAAAGGAUACUGUUUGACGGGAAGCUGACCUCUACGAUUGUGUUCAUGUACAACCCCAUUGCCUGUGAUCGGCAGUUGUGUUUGGAAUCCUCACCCAAAGGCAACAUGUCCCACUUUGUGCACACCCCUCAUGCUAUGAUGGCUGGGGAUGUGAAAGCUGUGAUUACUCAUUCCAUCCAUAGUACACUCCAUUCUUUAGGUGGAGUCCAGAUUACGUUCCCAUUGUUUGGUCAGUUGGAUUUGCCAGUGGACAAAGGUCCAGAUAGUAAAAGUGUUGUGGACAUCACAAUCUGCGCUGAUCUCAUGUGUCUGCUGUGUGAGCUGUUGGAGAGCUCUGAGGCAAUCCAGCAACAGAUGUUACAGACACGGGGAUUCCUCGUCAUCAGUUACUUCUUGGAGAAGGCUUCCAAGGACCACAUCACUCCGGCUGUGUUAGAGGCCUUCCUGGAUCUGACUCAACACUUGGUGGGGCUCGCGAGUGGUGGACCACUCCUCAAGAACCUCUUUGACCAUAUUCUGUUCAACCCAGGGCUCUGGAUACAUUCCUCCAUGGAGGUGCAGACCAAACUGUACUGUUACCUGGCCACGGAAUUCAUCAAUGACGCUCACAUCUACAGCAACAUUCGGCGAGUUAGUGCUGUCCUGCAGACCAUGCACACACUCAAGUAUUACUACUGGGUGGUUAACCCUCAGAACCGCAGUGGCAUCAGCGCUAAAGGUGCAGAUGGCCCUCGGCCAGAUCGUGAUGAGAUCAUCAAGCUGAGAUCCUUCAUGCUGAUGUAUGUGAAGGAGCUGAUCCUGAAGGGACAGGGGAUCCUUGAGGAUGAGCUACAGAGUAUCCUCAACUACCUGACCACGCUACAUGAGGAUGACAACCUGAUGGAUGUGUUGGAAUUGACAGUCUCGCUAAUGGCUGAACAUCCCUCUUCUAUGGUUCCGGCAUUUGACAAGAAAUUAGGAGUCCGGACAGUUUUCAAGCUGCUGGCAUCACCUAAUGAACGGCUGAGAUUACAAGCUCUUAAACUCCUAGGCUUUUUCCUGAUGAGGAGCACUCACAAACGCAAGCACGAGUCCAUGGCUCCCCACAACAGCUUCAGUCUGAUCGCAGAGAGGUUAAUGCUCAAUGUGUCUGCCAUCUCCAUGGCAACUUACAAUGGACUUUUCCAGAUUUUGACAGAAAGACUUACCAUUGAAAUCCUAAAGGGAAAGCAUCCAGAACCAGAGUCUUUCUUCAAGUUUGAAAAUCCAGGCAUUCUGAAAGUGGUGGCAGUGUUAAUACGUCAGUCUCAGCCCAGUCCUGAAGUCACUGAAGUGAAGAAAGUGUUCCUAUCUGACCUCACCAUUCUGUGCAAUAAUAACAGAGAAAAUAGAAGGACUGUCUUGCAAAUGUCCGUCUGGCAAGAGUGGCUGUUCUCUUUGGCGUACAUCUACCCACGUAACCAUGAAGAACAGAAGAUCACUGACAUGGUUAUGGCCUUAUUUAGAAUGCUGCUGCACCAUGCCAUCAAGUAUGAAUUUGGAGGUUGGAGAGUUUGGAUCGAUACCUUGGCUAUUCUACAUUCCAAGGUGGCUUAUGAGGAUUUCCGGAUUCACAUGUCCAAGAUGUACAAUCAGUAUGAACGACAGCGUGUGGAUCACAUCAGCGACCCAGAAGAACGGAGGCAGCACCCCGUCAGUACGAUCUCGGGGGUAGGGGAUCAUGAGGAGAACAGACCCAUUCCCCGCAGCUCUGUCACCAUCAGAGAACUCCCUGAGGAAUCCGAGGAUAACACGGAGAAGGAGGUGGAACCAGGGGUUGGUGUGACCAGCCAAGGGGCCGAGUCACAGGAGGGUGCGGCCAGAGAAGAGACAGAGCAGGCUAGAGAAGAGGACAUAAAGCAAAACAUUAACCCUGAUGUGGUCGCAUUCAUGAAUGAAGUGGUCGAGGAAGUUGUCCAAAGAGUUGAUGCUAAAAUAGCGGAGAAAGGAUCAACAGAAAACCCUUGUCCUGAAGACAAGACAGAGGGAACUGAAAGUGAGGUAACGAAAAACAAAAGCAAAGAAGAGGCAGAAAGUGGGGCAGAGGGUGGAGAAGAAGGCAAGUUAAACAUCCCGCUGACCCGUAGCCCCAGCCAGAAGAACCAGGAAGGGCGACACAUCUUCAGCCCUGGUCCGCGGGCCCCUCCCUUCAGGAUCCCGGAGUUCAGAUGGUCAUACCUUCACCAGAAACUUCUCUCAGAUCUGCUCUUUGCCAUAGAAACUGACAUCCAGGUGUGGAAAAGUCAUAGCACGAAGACCGUGAUAGACUUUGUGAACGCCGGGGAGAACCAUGUGUAUGUGGUGAAUGUAACUCACAUGAUAUCCCAGCUGGCUGAUAACCUCAUCACAUCCUGUGGGGGACUCCUGCCUUUGCUCGCUGCUGCAACUUCACCUUCGGGAGAUGUGGAGAUUCUGGAACCCACCCAGGGACUGAGUCUAGAGCAGGCCGUCUCUAUCCUCCAGCGGAUCAUGAACAUGACCGACAUCCUUGUCUUUGCUAGCUCCACCAACUUCGCGGAGCUUGAACAAGAGAAAAACAUGCCACCAGGGGGCAUUCUCAGGCAGUGCCUUCGUUUAGUUUGUACGUCAGCUGUGAGGAACUGUCUGGAGUGCCGGCACAGGUACAACUGUUCAGGGGAGAACUCACCUGUCCCGCCCAGCGGACGUAAAACCUCUCAGGUGUCAGAUAGCAGUGAGGAUCCAAUCCAGGCCCUCAUUAAUGGCACUCAGCCCUCGUCAAAGGUAGGACAGGCACAGAAUAUAGUAGAAAACCUGGGAGGACAGAAUUCGCCGAUAAAAGACGUGGAGAAGCUGUUACAGGACAUGGACAUCAACAGACUGAGGGCAGUCGUGUAUAGAGAUGUGGAGGAGACAAAACAGGCACAGUUCCUUGCAGUAGCCAUUGUCUACUUCUGCUCCGUAUUGAUGGUUUCCAAGUACAGGGACAUACUGGAGCCCCCUACCCCAACAGGCACCCCGACAGCUGCCCCUAACCGUCGCAGUCUGCAGUCUCCAUCCACACGCAAUAGUCUAGAUGCUGGGAAGGAGGCAGUGGAGCAGCCCAUGUACCAGAACGGAGAAGUGAACGGUGAAGGUGAUGAUGUAGAGGAAGCCCAGGUGGCGAGCAACGAGACAAAUCAUGAGAAUGAGACAUCCGCUCAGCUCAACAGCAGCUGUGAGGAGGAGGCAGAGCUAGACGUCCAGGUGGAGGUGGAAGUUCACAAAGGCACCUCAGCAGAAACUGAAGGUGCUGUGGAUGGAAAUAAAGUUGAGAAUGAUGAAUCUGUGAAUAAGGAAGAGAAAGAUGAGGAAAAGAAUGAGACAGAGGAAGGUGAAGGGGUUGAGGAGAAAAACAAUUCAAGAGAAGAAGCAAAAGAUGCUGAAAACCCGUUGGAAGCUGAGGAUAAGGUAGAAGACCUGGAAAAGGAGACUGAAACUGAAAGUGAGAAGGUUGAAAAGGAGGAGGACACAGCAGUUUCUGAGGAGUCAAAUAAACCAGAGGAUAGCUUUCAGGCAGAGGUAAACAGUGAAGAUACAACAACAACAACACAGUCAGUGGAAUCUGCUGUGGUAAAAGAGAGCCAGGAAGCAACGCAGAAUGAGGUCACAGAUGUUGCUAGUGCUGAACAGGUACAGGUUUCUUUGCCGACAGAGUAUGUGGCCAAUCCAGUGGAGAACGUCUCCCAGAAUAACAGCGCCUCACGGGAAACCCACCAAGAACCUUCUGAUCACCCUCAGCAGCCAGCCAUCGCCUCCAUAGCAAUCAGCGAGAAGCCCGGAGAACAGGGCACCACCUCCCACAAACCAGAGAAGCUUGACCUGAGGGGUCACAUCCCCGGGCCUGUGGAGAACCUACCCCUGCCCAAUGAGGGUGGGUCACUAACGGAGCGACUAGAGAGAGCCCUAGGCUCUGUGUCCCCACUGCUGAGAGAAAUCUUUGUGGACUUCGCUCCAUUUCUCUCUAAAACUCUUAUAGGAUCUCACGGUCAAGAACUUCUUAUAGGAGGUUUGGUGACACUGAAGCAGAGCACCUCUGUCGUAGAGUUAGUCAUGUUACUGUGCUCUCAGGAAUGGCAGAACUCCCUUCAGAAGUACGCUGGCUUGGCAUUUAUAGAGCUAGUGAAUGAGGGGAGAUUAUUAGCACAUGCCACAAGAGAUCACAUCGUGCGUGUGGCAAAUGAGGCAGAGUUUAUACUGAACCGCAUGCGGGCUGAGGAUGUACAGAAACAUGCAGAGUUUGAGACGUUGUCAGCUGAGUCUAUGGUGGAACGCAAAGACGAGGAGAAACUUGUCAAUCACCUGAUUACCUCAGCAAAGAGGAGGGACCACGCAAUAGCAGCCAAAACGAAGGAGAAGAUACUAAACAUCCUCACAAAUAAGCAUGGUGCCUGGGGCGAACCUGUUAACAACAAACUGUCUUACUGGAAGCUGGACACAUGGGAGGAUGAUUCCAGGAGGAGACGACGGCUGAUUAAAAACCCUCUGGGCUCCGCACACCCGGAGGCUACCCUCAAGGCAGCUCUGGAACAUGGUGCCACAGAAGAUGCCAUAAACAAGGCACGUGAUGCCCUGCAUGCACAUCUGGCCUCCAGCAAGCGAACGCAGCAGCAAGCAACGGACUACACAGACGAGGAGCUGCUGAUGGAUGAGAGGGACCUGGAGCCCGAGUUUGCAGGGCCUGUGGCAAUGUCCACUUCCUGCAAACUUAUUGUACCAGGGCUGGCAGUGGCUGGAACCAUGUCAAUCACAAAAUCUGAACUGUACUUUGAAAUGGAUGAGGAAGAUAGCCAAAACCAGAAGAUGGACCCUGCUGUGCUGUCCUAUGUGGAUUGUUUACAUGGCAAGUGGCAUUUCAACGAAAUCAGAGCAAUCUUUUCCAGACGCUAUCUCCUGCAAAAUGUGGCCAUCGAAAUCUUCAUGUCCAACCGAACUGCUGUCAUGUUUGCCUUCGCUGACCAUGCCACGGUCAAAAAGGUAGUGAACGCCUUGCCCCGGGUGGGGGUCGGUGUCAAGUAUGGAUUACCCCAGGCCAGGCGAAUGUCAUUGGCUGUAGGAAAACAGUUGUUCAAGCUGUCAAGCAUGACCCAGAAAUGGCAGCGAAGGGAAAUUUCAAAUUUUGAUUACCUAGUUUAUCUUAACACAGUAGCAGGGAGAACAUACAAUGACCUGAACCAGUACCACAUAUUCCCAUGGGUCCUUGUUAACUAUGACUCUGAAGAGUUAGAUCUGAGUCAACCUAGUAACUACAGGGACUUGUCCAAGCCAAUUGGGGCUCUAAACCCUGCCCGCAGAGCUUUCUUUGAGGAGCGCUAUACCAGCUGGGAGCAUGAACAAAUACCACCAUUCCAUUACGGGACCCACUAUUCCACAUCUGCCUUCACCCUCAACUGGCUUAUACGCAUGGAACCUUUCACAUCCAUCUUUCUCAACUUCCAAGGUGGGAAAUUUGAUCAUGCCAACCGGACAUUCUUCUCAGUAAGUCAAGCCUGGAAGAACUCACAGAGAGACACAUCAGACGUCAAGGAAUUGAUACCGGAAUUUUUCUACCUGCCUGAAAUGUUUAAGAACAUAAACGGCUACACAAUGGGGAAGACCGAGGACGGUGAAACUGUGGACAACGUGGUGUUGCCUCCAUGGGCUAAAUCCCCGGAGGAUUUCAUCAGGCUCAGCAGAAUGGCCCUGGAGUCCGAGUUUGUUUCUUGUCAGCUUCAUCAUUGGAUAGACCUGAUCUUUGGCUACAAACAGAGAGGACCAGAGGCUGUGCGGGCCACAAAUGUGUUCUACUACCUGACUUACGAGGGCAGCGUUAACCUGGAGACAAUGACGGACCCCGUCAUGAAAGAGGCAAUAGAAAACCAAAUCCGCAGCUUUGGGCAGACUCCUACGCAGCUGCUGACAGAGCCUCAUCCUCCUCGCAGCUCAGUUAUGCACCUGUCCCCGAUGAUGUUCAGCGGUGUGCAAGAUGAUGUCUGUAUGAUAAUGAAGUUCCUGUCCAACUCGCCAGUCACCCAUGUGUCUGCCAACACCCACCCUGCAGUUCCUUCCCCUGCCGUCACCACGGUAACCUGCAACCACAAUUUUGCUGUGAACAGAUGGAACCCAGGUUACCAGCCUCAGACGUCAGCCACCAGCUUCUCAUCAGAUAAACAAGAAGCUCCACCCCAGCUCCCACUAGCCAUGGAUCAGCUUUUAGCACUGAACACUGGCCUGAGCAAGCGGAACCUGGGGGAUAACUUUGACCAAAGGUUAAAGGUCAGACAUUCCAGCUUUGUGACAACAGCUGAUAAUCGCUUCUUGUUCGCAUGUGGCUUCUGGGACAAGAGUUUCCGGGUGUUCUCAACAGACAGUGGUCGGAUCUGUCAGGUAGUGUACGGACACUUUGAUGUGGUGACGUGUUUGACACGCUCAGAGUGUAACAUUGCGCAGGACUGUUAUGUGGUGACAGGCAGUAAGGACUGUACAGUGAUGGUGUGGCUGUGGAGCUCACGAGGCCAGGCUGUGGUCGGGGAAAACGCUAAUGUGGACCACCCCACCCCCAAAACCAUCCUGACGGGUCACGAGACAGAAGUGACUUGUGUGGCAGUCCUUGCUGAGCUGGGCUUGGUCAUCAGUGGAUCCAAAGCUGGCCCCUGCCUGGUGCACACCCUCAACGGGGACUUACUGCGAGCCUUAGAGCCCCCUGAGGGUACCUGCUCCCCUGAGCUUAUUAACUUAUCCAGAGAGGCCUUCGUUAUCGUCAAGUUUGACAAGGGACACAUUACUAACUACAGCAUCAAUGGCUGUCUGCUCCGGGAUUUCAGUCAUAAAGAAGUCAUUUUGUGCUCAUUGCUGAGCCGUGAUGGUCAGUACCUGAUUCUGGGCUGUGAGAACGGGGUUGUCGAGGUGUGGCGGACACACGAUCUUACCCAGCUGUAUUCCUACCCGGCCUGUGAUGGACAGAUCUGCUCUAUAGCCUUGACACAUGACCACAAAUUCCUCUUAGCUGGCCUGUCAACAGGUUGCCUGCUUGUGUUUAAUAUAGACUUCAACAAGUGGCAUCACGAAUACCAGGAGAGGUAUAGCUAGUGGAUACGAGUCAUUAUCAGCAACAAAUCAACCACUGGCAUCAAAGAUAUCUGGAGAGAUGUACCCAUUUGACAAGGGCCUUCAUCAGCAGCCAAUUAAAUUGACUUGUCUGAAAGUGUUGACCAAUCGAUAUGCAGCUGAUCCGAUUUGAAUGAGCAUUUUCUCGACUGAUUGAUUUUUCAAUAUAAUUAAGCUGUGACUAGGCCAUACAGCUUCCGUUAUGAGUGAGAUAUACCUUUAUAUGUUAAGGGAGAUCUGUUUUGUCAUUCAUUCUGUCCAGUUUUUGAUUUUGUUUUAUUCGCUAUUAAUCAUUUUUGGUAAUUACUAGGUUGUAAAAAUUGAUAAAUGUUUCCUGUUUCCUGAAAACAAAGAAGAAGGCCUGUUCCUGUAAAAACAAAACUGUUUUAUAUAUAUAUAUAUAUAUAU